AUGGCGAAGCAACGUGAGUUUCCGUCCAAAGGAGGUUCCAAACUGACUGAAUUCCGCCUGACUGACCCCUUAUCUGAACUUCCCGAUAUCAAAACAAUUGCAAACGUCAAACAUCGUUACGAUAUACCCGUCAUCAUAUUCCACAACCAUCCCAGAUCAGACACGGUGCUUUUCAGCGAUCUAUCACAAAUCAAACAACGCACCCGGGUCAAAGAGAAUAAAACUGUAUUUGUCACUGGUUUGCCUGAGUGCAAGCUUGACACGAAGGUGUUUCGCAAGGAUGAAUUGUUUACGGCGAAAAUGCACCGGAAUUUCCCGCAAUAUAUGCUGAUUUUCGACAACACGGUCAAAUUGGAGUCCUUGGACUUUGCGAUAGCUCGAUGUAAUAUGGACGUGUACAAAUUCAACAACAAGUGUUAUGAUGGGUAUGGGAAUUAUUUUCGAGUUGUUUACAAAAAGAAUUUAUUUGAUGUUAUGAAUGAUCUUGAACGAGAAUUUAUCAAUUUUCUUGAUAGGUUGAAGAAGUGUGUCAGUAGUGAGUUUUAUCGUAAGCUUGAUUUGAAAUUUGGGUUUACUGAGUUUGUUAUGACGCACGGUAUUUUGGAUGAGGAUAUUGAUAAUAUUUCGCAGAAUCCUAAUUUUUUGGAAAGUCAACCUCCGUUAGAUGGAGACACUGAUGAUGAUGAUGAUGAUGAUGAUGAUAUAGCUGCUGACUUGAGUGAUGGCUUAGAUAGCUUGGAGGAUGUACGUGUUGCUGUGGAAGUCGCUCGAAAUUUGAGUGCUGGUGUUAAUAGUGUAAUUGGUGGUAAUUCAGAGAGAGGGGCGGUUUUGACUCAAACUUACGCAGCUCGCUCUACUGGUGAUGGUGCUGUUACCAAUUCAAUGAAUGAUGGUGACAAUGCAAGAACUGGUACUGGUGCUAGUAUCGGCACCCCAACUCUCAUUGCAAACACAAUGGAUUCCAGCUUCACGGCAAAACCACCUAGUGAUUCAAUACGCAAAGUAUCAGUUGCAGGUGGCAUCGUUGUCGAGUCGCAAAUCCCAGAAUCUGAUGACGAAUACUCACAAGACGAAGACAUAGAUUUAAACUUUGAGACUGCGCCCACUGGAGAUUCGCAAAUGCACCAAGUAUCUCUAUCUCAAGACAUAGAGGCUGAUAGAGUUCAAAAUGGGGGUGCACAUAACGCCCCCAUGCCAAUUAAUAGGCAACUACAACCACAUAAUUCAGUUAAAGUACGUCAUUUUGCAACCAUUGCCGACUUGAGCAAAGCGUGCACGAGUAACAUGCCCGAUGACUCUAGGACAAUCUAUGUGAUUGAUGCAGUACGGUGUUUUACGAUGGUGCCGAAUGCUCCAUUGGUGAUCUCUCCUUCAAGUAAGGAAGCCAUGGGGUUUGCACUGUUCAAACUAUACCUCAGUGAUGCUUCUGGUGAAAAUACUUUGCAAACUGAAUUUCUGCAUCAAGAGUUGUGUCGAUUCCUAGACAUAUCUUUGUCACUGGAAACCCCAAUCGACGCGAUAACAUUACAAAGAGUGAAGCAACAAUUUACCAAACUCAUAAAACAAAGUGGGACCAAGAGGGUAAAAUUGAAGAGAAAGACAAAAGCUCUUAAUCGUGGGUUGAAGGUGAAAACCUGGUGUAUAGAAUCUUCAUUGGCAGAGUUGAUCCAAUAG